UAGAGAAUAACCAAUCAACAUGCUCUCGCGGAUCACCCGGACCAUCCUCGCGUCGAGUGUCACGGCGUUGUUGCGGCAACCGCUGUGCGAGGUCGAAGGCCGGUCGUUGAGUCGCGUUAUUCACACCAGCCAGGAACGGUAUAAGAAAGAUGACAAGAAAGACAGCAAGUCGUCGGCCCUCGUGCUCCACGCGUUCGCGAACGCCGACAGCAAGGAGCGAGAGGCCUACCUGGACAUCCUGCGCGAGUACAAGACCAACAACGAAAUGAGACGCGGCCACGUGGAGUUCAUUCAGGUCGCCCUAAAGUACAUGGACGAGUUUGGCGUGAACCGCGACCUGGCGGUGUACAAGGCCGUGCUGGACGUGCUGCCCAAAGGCAAGUUCGUUCCCCGAAACUAUUUCCAGACCAUAUUUACGCACUAUCCCAAACAGCAGCAUGUUGCCAUCGACCUGCUCUGCAAGAUGGAGCACAACUCUGUGAUACCAGACUUAGAGAUGCAGGAGAUGCUGCUGAACAUUUUCGGGAUGCAAGCCCUAGUAUUGAAGAAGUUCUGGCGGAUGAUGUACUGGAUGCCCAAGUUCGCCAAUCUGAAUCCAUGGCCCUGUCCCAAACCGGUGCCCAAGGACCCGAAGGUUCUUGCUAAGCUGGCUAUGAAUAAGAUAUCCAGUGCAGACGUUCAGACCGAAGUCACAGAGUUCAAGACCAAGGACGUGGAGGAUGCCAUCGAUGAUACGUGGAUCAUAUCUGUAAUGAGUAGUUUGCAGGAGGAACUAUUACGAAAGCAGCCUCUAGAUACUCCAAUCUUUGUCGAAGGACCGUAUACAGUUUGGAUCGCGGAUCACUGUAUAGAUUAUUUUAUUCUAAAGGGAGCACCUAAAGAAAAGAAUAAUGUCUAUCAAGAUCCUGAUGAUGUUUCAGAUAUUAGAAUACCUUUCUGGGAUAAGAAAAAAAUAAUUCUUGAACCUACGGUCCAUGAGCAAAACGAUGGUACAUAUUUUGCAAUGUGCGCCACUGGUACAUCCACGAAAGAUUCAUUGUUAUCCUGGAUACGAUGUCUGCAAGUGAAGAAUCCCGUAUUAACUGUAAUUCCGGUAGUGUUCAAAUUAAUGUCCUCCACAAGGGAACAGUUCUAUAUCGAUUCUGGUGAAAGUGAAAACAACAUAGUGCAAACGAAGAAUCAGCAGAAAGAUACAAAUUGUUAAACUAUUAAACAAUGAUAAGCAACAUCACUAUUGUAACAAAUCGACACGCAUGUCUGUAGAUAGCUUUUGUUUGUAUAUAAAAAUAUAAUGUUUUCAUUACAGUUGGUAUGAUUUCGAUCAA